AUGCACGAUCAGGAUUCGGCUGUACCGCUAUCCCUUCAGCGUCGCGAUCGUCUGCAAACGCUCACCAUCAAAUGCCAUAGGAAUUGGAAUGGAGUAAAAAACGGCGGCUGGCGCGCAAUUUGCCGCUUGGCCCGCGGCGCGCUCCGUGCUCUAUCCGCGGUAAUUGCGGGCCCGCGCCGUAAGACGUCGGUGGCGGGUAAUUGCACCGUCGCAACGAGCACUCGCGGGCACCGGCGGACCGCAUUCGACGGCUGGCUGGGGCGCGGCUCGAUGUUCGUGCUGUCGGAGGCUGGGGCGCGGCGUCUGGUGGGGGCGGCGGGGGCGCGCUGCGGCGGCGCUAUCGUCGACGUGGGCGCCGGCGACGGCGAGGUGAGCCGCCGCUUCGCGCACCUCUACUCGGACAAGUUCGCAACGGAGAUAUCGUCCAGCAUGCGCAAGGCGCUCAAGUCCAAGGGAUACACCCUGUUGGACACUGAGGACUGGCACGGCAGCCAGUUCGACUGCGUGUGCAUGCUGAACCUGGUCGACCGGUGCUCGCACCCGCGGGCGAUGCUGCGCAGCGCGCGCGCCGCUCUAGCGCCGGGCGGCGUGCUGCUGCUGGCGCUGGUGCUGCCCUACAAGCCCUAUGUCGAAGCGACCGCCGACCACAAGCCGGUGGAGCGGCUGCCGAUCGAGGGCGCCACUUUCGAGGAGCAGGUCGGCUCGUUCGUGGCGUUCAUGCGCGAGUCGGGGUUCGAGCUGCGCUCGUGGUCCCGGGCGCCGUACCUCUGCGAGGGCGACUUCGCCCAGGCGUACUACUGGCUCGACGACUCCGUCUACGUGUUCGCACCGCUAGAGGCCGCCAAG